AUUGCUGUGUUAUCUGAUGUCAUAACUGGUCCCUCUUGCAAGGCCUUCCAGAUGAGAGUAGGUUGUGACAGCUGGAAAUCUCAUGCACAACAUGCUGCGAUUAAGUCUCUCACCCACCUUUUCAAUGGGAUUUCGUCUGUUAGUCAUUGUGGCGCUCUUGUUUUCCCAUGUGGACCAUGUAAGUGCUGAGACAGAAAAUGAAGGAGAAGGAAAUGAAACCACAGGUGAAUGUACUGGCUCAUAUUACUGUAAGAAAGGGGUGAUUUUGCCCAUUUGGGAGCCCCAAGACCCUUCUUUUGGGGACAAAAUUGCUAGAGCUACUGUGUAUUUUGUGGCCAUGGUCUACAUGUUUCUUGGAGUCUCUAUCAUAGCUGAUCGGUUCAUGUCUUCUAUAGAAGUCAUCACAUCUCAAGAAAAAGAAAUAACCAUAAAGAAACCCAAUGGAGAGACCACCAAGACAACUGUGAGGAUCUGGAAUGAAACAGUGUCUAACCUGACCUUGAUGGCACUGGGCUCUUCUGCUCCUGAGAUUCUCCUUUCAGUAAUUGAAGUGUGUGGCCACAACUUCACUGCAGGAGACCUUGGUCCUAGCACCAUCGUGGGAAGUGCUGCUUUCAAUAUGUUCAUCAUUAUCGCACUUUGUGUUUACGUGGUUCCGGAUGGCGAGACAAGGAAGAUCAAGCACUUGCGCGUGUUCUUUGUGACGGCAGCCUGGAGCAUCUUCGCCUACACCUGGCUUUACAUUAUUCUGUCUGUGAUCUCUCCUGGCGUUGUGGAAGUCUGGGAAGGUUUGCUUACUUUCUUCUUCUUUCCCAUCUGUGUUGUGUUCGCUUGGGUGGCAGAUAGGAGGCUUCUCUUUUACAAGUAUGUCUACAAGAGGUAUCGUGCUGGCAAGCAGAGGGGAAUGAUUAUUGAACAUGAAGGAGACAGGCCAUCUUCCAAGACUGAAAUUGAAAUGGAUGGGAAAGUGGUCAAUUCUCACGUUGACAACUUCUUAGAUGGCGCUCUGGUUCUGGAAGUGGAUGAGAGGGACCAGGAUGAUGAAGAAGCUAGGCGAGAAAUGGCUAGAAUUCUGAAGGAACUUAAGCAGAAGCAUCCAGAGAAAGAAAUUGAGCAAUUAAUAGAAUUAGCAAACUACCAAGUCCUAAGUCAGCAGCAGAAAAGUAGAGCGUUUUACCGAAUUCAAGCUACUCGCCUGAUGACUGGAGCUGGCAACAUUUUAAAGAGGCACGCAGCUGACCAAGCCAGGAAGGCCGUUAGCAUGCACGAGGUCAACACGGAAGUGGCUGAAAAUGACCCUGUUAGUAAGAUCUUCUUUGAACAAGGGACAUAUCAGUGUCUGGAGAACUGUGGUACAGUGGCCCUGACCAUUAUCCGCAGAGGUGGUGAUUUGACCAACACUGUGUUCGUUGACUUUAGAACAGAGGAUGGUACUGCCAAUGCUGGGUCUGAUUAUGAAUUUACCGAAGGAACUGUGGUCUUUAAGCCUGGCGAGACCCAGAAAGAAAUCAGAGUUGGCAUUAUUGAUGAUGAUAUCUUUGAGGAGGAUGAGAAUUUCCUUGUGCAUCUCAGCAAUGUCAAAGUGUCUUCUGAAGCUUCAGAAGAUGGCAUACUGGAAGCCAAUCACGUUUCUGCCCUUGCUUGCCUUGGCUCUCCCUCCACUGCCACUGUAACUAUUUUUGAUGAUGACCAUGCAGGCAUCUUUACUUUUGAGGAACCUGUGACUCACGUGAGUGAGAGCAUUGGCAUCAUGGAGGUGAAAGUGUUGAGAACAUCUGGAGCUCGAGGAAAUGUUAUCGUUCCCUAUAAAACCGUUGAAGGGACUGCCAGAGGUGGAGGGGAGGACUUUGAGGACACCUGUGGAGAGCUCGAAUUCCAGAACGAUGAAAUUGUCAAAACAAUAUCUGUCAAGGUAAUUGAUGAUGAGGAGUAUGAGAAAAACAAGACCUUCUUCCUUGAGAUUGGAGAGCCCCGCCUGGUGGAGAUGAGUGAGAAGAAAGCCCUGUUAUUGAAUGAGCUUGGUGGCUUCACAAUAACAGGAAAAUACCUGUAUGGCCAUCCUGUCUUCAGGAAAGUUCACGCUAGAGAACAUCCGAUUCCCUCUACUAUAAUCACCUUCGCAGACGAAUAUGAUGACAAGCAGCCGCUGACCAGCAAAGAGGAAGAGGAGAGGCGCAUUGCAGAAAUGGGGCGCCCCAUCCUGGGAGAACACACGAAGUUGGAAGUGAUCAUUGAAGAAUCCUAUGAAUUCAAGAGUACUGUGGACAAACUCAUUAAGAAGACAAACCUGGCCCUCGUGGUUGGGACCAACAGCUGGAGAGAACAGUUCAUUGAAGCUAUCACUGUCAGUGCGGGGGAAGAUGACGAUGAUGACGAAUGUGGGGAGGAAAAGCUGCCCUCCUGUUUCGAUUAUGUGAUGCACUUCCUGACGGUGUUCUGGAAGGUUCUCUUCGCCUUCGUGCCCCCUACAGAAUACUGGAACGGCUGGGCGUGUUUCAUCGUGUCCAUCCUCAUGAUCGGCCUACUGACAGCUUUCAUUGGAGACCUGGCUUCCCACUUUGGCUGCACCAUUGGCUUGAAAGAUUCUGUGACUGCCGUCGUGUUUGUCGCACUGGGAACUUCAGUGCCAGACACAUUUGCCAGCAAAGUGGCAGCCACCCAGGACCAGUACGCAGACGCAUCCAUAGGUAACGUCACUGGCAGCAACGCGGUGAAUGUCUUUCUGGGAAUCGGCGUGGCCUGGUCCAUCGCUGCCAUCUACCACGCGGCCAAUGGGGAACAGUUCAAAGUGUCCCCUGGCACGCUAGCUUUCUCUGUCACUCUCUUCACCAUUUUUGCUUUCAUCAAUGUGGGGGUGCUGCUGUAUCGGCGGAGGCCAGAAAUCGGAGGUGAGCUGGGUGGGCCCCGGACUGCCAAGCUCCUCACAUCCUCCCUCUUUGUGCUCCUGUGGCUGUUGUACAUUUUCUUCUCCUCCCUGGAGGCCUACUGCCACAUAAAAGGCUUCUAA